AUGCCGGACCAUCUAGGUGACGAUAUGCGCAAGGUGAAAGGCGACAACAAAGAGGUAGAACCCGAAAUAGAAGCUUUGGAUGAGGUCGAUAUUGAACUACUGAAGACCUAUGGCCAAGGGCAGUACCAUAAGUCGAUCAAGCAGAUCGAUGAGGAUAUCCAGAAGGCGAUGAAACAGGUGAACGAACUGACGGGAAUUAAGGAAAGCGAUACCGGUCUUGCACCACCCGCCCUUUGGGAUUUGGCUUCGGAUAAGCAAAUUUUACAAAAUGAACAACCGCUUCAGGUGGCUCGUUGCACCAAGAUCAUUAAUGCCGAUUCUGACGAUCCGAAGUACAUCAUCAACGUGAAGCAGUUUGCUAAGUUUGUCGUCGAUUUGGCUGAUUCCGUGGCACCGACUGAUAUCGAGGAAGGAAUGCGCGUGGGUGUCGAUCGUAACAAGUAUCAAAUUCACAUCCCAUUACCACCGAAAAUCGAUCCUACCGUGACGAUGAUGCAGGUGGAGGAGAAACCGGAUGUAACGUACAGCGACGUCGGUGGAUGUAAAGAGCAGAUUGAGAAGCUGCGAGAAGUCGUGGAAACGCCCCUUUUGCAUCCGGAAAAGUUCGUCAACCUCGGUAUCGAACCACCGAAGGGUGUGUUACUGUUCGGUCCACCCGGUACCGGCAAGACGCUGUGCGCUCGGGCCGUAGCCAACCGUACCGAUGCGUGCUUCAUUCGUGUGAUUGGAUCCGAGCUGGUGCAGAAGUACGUGGGCGAAGGUGCCCGCAUGGUGCGUGAACUGUUCGAAAUGGCACGUUCGAAAAAAGCUUGUCUGAUAUUCUUUGAUGAAAUCGAUGCGAUUGGUGGGGCGCGUUUCGAUGAUGGCGCUGGCGGUGAUAAUGAAGUGCAGCGAACGAUGUUGGAGCUGAUCAACCAGCUGGAUGGAUUUGAUCCUCGCGGAAACAUUAAAGUACUGAUGGCAACUAAUCGGCCGGACACGCUCGACCCGGCACUGAUGCGUCCGGGUCGUUUAGACCGUAAGGUGGAAUUUGGUCUGCCCGAUCUGGAAGGCCGGACGCAUAUAUUCAAGAUUCACGCCCGUUCGAUGUCGGUCGAACGAGACAUUCGGUUUGAGCUGUUAGCACGAUUGUGUCCCAAUUCGACCGGUGCCGAGAUUCGGUCGGUGUGUACCGAAGCUGGCAUGUUUGCUAUUCGGGCACGCCGCAAGGUGGCGACUGAGAAGGACUUCCUCGAGGCAGUAAACAAAGUCAUUAAGAGUUACGCCAAAUUCAGCGCUACGCCUAGAUAUAUGACUUACAAUUAG